UUCAUUAUGUACCUUGUGAAAUGAGGAAGUCCAGCCUGAGAGGAGCCGGUGGGACAACACUCAGGAUCUUAGUUUGUCCGCUGUCCAUCAUGUCAUGGGCUAUACUUUAGGGGAGUUUGAAAUGGUGCCACCUCUGAGGUUGUCUUUCCAGCUUGUCUCUCCAGAGAUUGAAUUGAAAUAUGCACAAAGGGAGAUUGGCGAGCAGGUUUUAUUAUUCAGAUGAAAAUCUUGUCAGUCUUUCCUUUACCAGAAAAGAUUAGGGAACACGUCACAUUAUUUACCUCUUCAACGCAUCUCUAACUCGCUACGGUUGCAGAUUAGUUAUGAUUAUUUAAUGGGAUAAUUCCUUCUAAAAGGAAAAAGGAGAAAGACAAGGGGAGGAAACACAGAAGGAUGCAUUAGUCUUUGUGAGAAACAGAUGUUGGUGAGCCAAACGGGCGAAUAUAUUAUGCAUAUAAAAUUAUUUCUAUUUUGAUAGCUUGCCUAGCUGAUUUAUCACGUGCCAUUCUGUGCGUCUAGUUAAUAGGUUUAAGAGUUGCCUUUGUUGUGUUAUUUCCAUAAUUAAUAAAAGGAAGAAACAUAAUUCGCAGGGAACGCGUGCUAGGACGCAGGCAUGCGCCUCUGCAUCCACCCUGCAUCCCCAAACACAUACCAAGCUUUCUACGAAAACGCAACAUCGUGACUGGACUAGGUCUCACCGGCGGUCAUGCAGCACCCUAACUUCGAAACCCGUCACCCCCUACAGACAGAGGACCAGGAGACGGGCUUCGACCCGCUGAACAACUUCAACAGGAACCGCAGCCGAAGUUCAGACAGCUCGUUCUCGGAGUCGGAGUCGACAUUCCUCUCCUACAGGAAAGAGUGGGAUGACUUGUUUCUCAAUAGUAAUUACCUUGCAAGGAUUCGACAGGCAAGCAUCAACGGCAAAUUGCGGAGCAGCAGAUUUCGUAGCGUGUGCUGGAAGUUGUACCUGGACGUUCUUCCAGAAGACAAGAGACAGUGGAUCAAUAAGACCAAGGAGCUCCGGGCCCAGUAUGAGAAGAUCAAAGAAACGCACAUAACCAACCCCCGCAAGGCUGCUGGUCAGCAAGACCUGGUGGUCAACAACCCUCUGUCCCAGGACGAGGGGAGUUUGUGGAACAAGUUUUUCCAGGACAAGGAGCUGAGGGGGAUGAUCACCCAGGAUGUGAUGAGAACGUUCCCAGAGAUUAACUACUUCCAUGGGGAGGAUGUGAGGACCAAGCUGACAGACAUCUUGUUCUGUUAUGCCAGAGAGAACGAACAGUUGCUGUAUAAGCAGGGAAUGCACGAGUUGCUGGCUCCCAUUGUGUUCGUCCUGCACUGCGACCACCAGGCAUUUCAGCACGCCAGCGAGACGGCUCACCCUAGUGAGGAGAUGAAGCCUCUGCUGGAUCCUGUGUACCACGAACACGACGCCUACGCCAUGUUCUCCCAACUCAUGGAGACUGCAGAACCCUGGUUCUCCAGCUUUGAGAGGGAGGUCCGAAAGGGGAAGGAGGAGAUGCUGACCAGCAUGCCCUUCGCCCGGCCGCAGGACGCAGGCCCCUCCGUCGCCAUAGUGACCAAAGUGAACCGCAUCCAGGACCAGCUGGUGAAGAAGCACGACGUGGAGCUGCACAUGCACCUGAACCGUCUGGAGAUAGCACCACAGAUCUACGGCAUCCGGUGGGUGCGUCUGCUGUUUGGCCGGGAGUUCUCCCUGCAGGACCUGCUGGUGGUGUGGGACGCCCUGUUUGCAGACAGCAUCACCCUGGACCUGGUGGACUACGUGUUUGUGGCCAUGCUCCUGUACAUCCGGGACGCGUUGAUUGCCAGUAACUUCCAGACCUGUCUGGGUCUGCUCAUGCACUACCCGCCCAUAGGAGACAUCCACUCCCUGUUGCACAAGGCUCUGUUCCUCAGAGACCCCAAGAACAACCCAAGACCUGUCAACUACCAGUUCCAGCAGAACCUGGACUACUAUAAGACCAGAGGAGCCGAUCUAGUGAACAAAUCCUGUUCCACAGCUAAGCCGGCGCCUCUGAACAUCAACAAGGUUUCUAACAAGGUCUCCAGCAGUCUGCUGAGCUUCGGCAGGAAGCUCAUCGCUCCCGCCAUGUCUGGCGCUUCCAGCGGCAUCUCUCCAAUCAACAGCGAGGUGCUCUCUGCCCCCAGCCCCGUUUCCAUGGCGCCGGCCCGCCCCUCGGCCGAGCCCCCCCUACAGGCCCCCCCUCACCCCCAGUCUCAGCACUACCGCCUCCUGAAGUCAGAGAGCAUGCCUGUACACCUGAGCAAAGAUAUAGUUUCAGACGGACUCUCUCAGGUCUCUCUCCCUGCCCAGAUAUGCUCUGACUCACAAGGCCACGCCUCCAGAACGGUUAGCUCCUCCCCCAGUAUCGAGAGCCUCUCCGGGGGGCGUGGUCAUGCCACAGCGUCCCCGCCCCUUCCUCCCUCCAGGGGAAGUGACGUCAGUACCUCGUCCCCGCCCCUCUCGGCCACCAAGAAGGACUCCUUCUUUAACAUCACCCGCUCGCGCUCUCACAGCAGGACGAUGGGCAGGAAGGAGGAGGAGGAGCUGGAGGGGCAGGUCUCCUUCCUACAGGGCCAGAUCAACGACCUGGAGGCCAUGAGCAAGUACUGUGCCAAGACCAUGAACACACACAUCGGAAAGAUCCAGGAGGUCAUCCUGCAGGAGCACCUGGAGAAGGAGGACGAGGUGUUGGUGGCACUGGCUGGCCUCAAACAGAUCAAAGACAUCCUGAAGGGGGCGCUGCGGUUCAACCAGAGCCAGCUGGAGGCGGAGGAGAACGAGGAGAUCAGCAUCGCUGACGACCACUACACCGCCGCCGCUGCUGCCGCCGCCGCCCAGCACGCCGCCGGGCGCCGCCACGACGACGCCGCCGCCGCAAGACACGCCGAACACUGCAAAGGCCAGGACUUGGACGGCGAGGGGAGAGUGAGCACGGACGAGAGGGAGGAGGAGGAAGAGGAGGAGACUUCCUCCACUCCACCAGACACACAGGUGGCGUCGUCCGUGGGCUCGGAGGGGAAGAACUGGGACGACUACAUCCUGGUCUCCCAGGACCUCCAGACCUCCGAGGGAGGGGCGGAGCGCACCCCGCCCAUCAGACGGGACCUGGUCCGGCCGGAGCCGGAAGGGGCCGGGGCGUUCCAGGACCCCCUGCUGAGCGCCACGUCGGGCUCCUCCAGCCCGGACGAGGGCAGCACCCACAGCAAAGACUCGGACUUCACCAUCGUCAACCCCGCAGACCUGUGAGCCGGGGCCCCCUGCUGGACGGGGGUCAGACCAGCCUUCUCUCCAGCUGCGUCAUUACCAGGAGAAGAGGAUGUGUGGAACUGACCUCGGGUCUGCUUCCAGGGGCUAUCUUCGUCAUCCCGUCUGAGCGCUACAGCUGGAUAGGAAGAAGAAGAAAAAACGACUUGCACACAUGGACUGAAGACUUGGAGCUGUCUACCUUUGGACAGUCAAGUCGCCAAUAUCUCCUAACCUCUGUCAUCCCUCACCUCUUAACCUGCCUAACUUGCUCUGUGUAUGCUCAAUACUGUAUGCUUUGUCCUCUCCCUAUAGCCUGUAUCCAUGUUAUGCAUGGUCUUCAGUGGCCCAAACCUUACUUUCUACGCUGUGACUUUAAAUGGCGUUGCCUGUGUCUACCAGGAGAGGGCGCCAUUGGACUAGAACACCACAAAGAUCCCCACAGAUGUUCUUGCUGAAUUAUUUCUGCAUUAUCAAUAGGGGGAGCCCCUUUCUCCAAUGGGAGUGUAGUAUCCUGCUUGUCCAGAAGGUGGAGAUCUCUCCAUGUCUCUAAUGCCUGUAGGUCAGCCUAAACAGAUUAUCUUGCCACCAUUCAUCUCAUCGUCGAUUGUCUUUCUGCUUACAGUUAGAGGUCACCCCUAGCCACAGAUCCAGGGUCUGAUUCCAACCCCAUAGACUUGCCAAUCCUUGUCCGGUGGAUGGAACAUCGGGUCCAUCUCGGCCUUCUCCCACUCCUCACUAACCAGUGCCUACAAACAUGUUCAUCCAGGCCGAUGCACCUGAAACUUUCCGUCUCUCUUAAGCUUUGUUCAUUUUGUUUUCUUUUAUGCAAACUUUAACCCAUAGUUAUGAGGUUAAAACGAUUAAAUUAUGGAAUAUUUGUUGUUUAUUAUUUCUUUUCUUUUUUAUUAUUGAUUCCUUGCGAUUGUUUUUAUGCAACAACCAAUUACUCUCCAGGUGUCUGUUCUGUUUUAGUUCUUUUGCUUCCUGUGGUAGCCAUGGCAACCAUGGCACCAAGGGAUGUCCCUCUUGAUGACUGUAUGAUUAACUAUAUAGACCAAUAAACAGAAAGCUCUUGCUGUAGUAUAACUAUGA